CCAGAAAUGACCCUAAUUCAACGCGGGAAAACAAUCCAGCGAAAAGAGUGAGAAAUGGCGACAGAGGACAACGGCGGCGAAGAACACCACGUGGAGGAGGAAUUCCGCGUCUGGAAGAAGAAUACACCUUUCUUGUACGAUCUCGUCGUCUCUCACGCUCUUGAGUGGCCGUCUCUCACCGUCCAGUGGCUCCCGUCAGAGCCGUCGCUGGAUGCCGACGGUUCCUUCGCCGUUCACAAAUUGAUCCUUGGGACACACACCUCCGACGACUAUCCUAACUUCCUACUCGUCGCAGAAGUCCACUUGCCGGUCAAUCAUUCAGCAGCACUUGAAGGCAAUUUGGAAAACCACAAAAUCCCUAAGGUAGAGAUUAUUCACAGGAUACAUGUUGAUGGAGAGGUGAACAGGGCACGGUGUAUGCCUCAGACUCCAUCAAUCAUUGCAGCAAAGACCAGUUCUUCAGAAAUCUAUAUAUUCGACUCCACAAAGCAACCUUUAGAUCACGAAGGAGGCUCUUGUGAACCUGACAUUAGACUAAGAGGUCAUGACAAAGAAGGGUAUGGCCUCUCAUGGAACCCUUUCAAAGAAGGCUACCUCUUAAGUGGCUCCAACGAUUGCAAAAUCUGCUUGUGGGAUUUGUCUACAAUGCCAGACAACAAAGCUCUUGAUGCAAAACAUAUCUACGAGGAUCACGGGAGUGUGGUUGGAGAUGUAUCAUGGCAUUUGAAGAACGAAUUUCUAUUCGGAUCUGUUGGUGAUGACUGCAAGCUUAUGAUUUGGGAUUUGCGCACAAACAAACAUCAACAAUCUGUUGUUGUUCAUGAGAAAGAAGUGAACUACUUAUCUUUUAAUCCGUAUAAUGAAUGGGUUCUUGCUACAGCCUCUUCAGAUACAACUGUUGGUCUAUUUGACAUGCGAAAGCUCACAUCACCUCUACAUGUUUUAAGCAACACGGAUGAGGUGUUUCAAGUGGAGUGGGACCCGAACCAUGAAACUGUGCUUGCUUCUUGUGCUGAUGACAGAAGGUUGAUGGUUUGGGAUCUAAACAGGAUUGGAGAUGAACAAUUGGAAGGAGAAGCAGAGGAUGGCCCACCAGAGCUUUUAUUUUCUCAUGGUGGACAUAAGGCAAAGAUAUCUGACUUUUCAUGGAACAAGAACAAGCCAUGGGUGAUAUCUAGUGUUGCUGAAGAUAAUGCUUUGCAAGUAUGGCAAAUGGCUGAAAGCAUUUAUCGCGAAGAUGAUGACAAUUAA